UGGAGUUGAACAUGUUUCUAAAAACUAUUUACUUCUGUUUGAUCUUCUGGACAGUUGCUUGUGCAAAAUCAAAGAAACAAAAAGGAUGUUUCAGACAGCGUUCAAAAGCAGACUGCCAAGCACUCAAGAUACGCUGUCCAAGAGGGUCUAUCAUCUAUAACCCGACAAUAUGGGCUACCGAUAAAACAUGCAGAGCGAGAAACCCUUCUAGUCUUGGACAACCUGUUGAUCUCAUUGUAAACAUUGCAGAAUGUUACUGGAAACCUAAAUGCCUUAUAAAGUUUCCAAGAAAUCCACUUUUCCAAGCAUCGAAAAUUGAUGAUGUUAACACGUUACAAGUAAAAGAAUGGACUUGUAUCAGCCAAAAAGAGAAAUCGACAUAUUUCAGCCACGGUAUCUGUGAAGGAACCAAAUAUAUUACCUCAUAUACUGACGGAGUUAUACUUAGCCAUCCAAACAUUCCAUGGAAUUAUGAUUUUGGAAAAAAUAUUAAAAAUAACGCUGCAUUUCAAUGCCGGAAGCUGAUCAAUAUGGACAACCAUAGAUAUAACAGAAUUCAUAUUUCUACACAUAUGUUCGAUAUAGACAAAAACACUGACCAGUUAUAUAUAAAUGACAAGCUUGUACCACGAACUGGCCUCGAUCAAGUUUUUAACAUAUCAAGCGGAAAUGUUUCAAUCAGAUUUGAAACACAACCAGGACAAUAUGUCUCAAAAGGAGGGCGUGGUUUUGUUAUUUGUUUUAAUAAGAUCGAAAAUAAUGCCACAGUAUUUGCAAAUACAUCAGCAUGUGCCAAGUUACUGAAAACAUAUAGAAAUGCACAACAGACCAUGGACAUGACAGACAUCAACUGCAACAAGAAGUUUACAAAGAAAUGUCCCGCAAACGUUAUAAAAGGUAGAUGCAGAGAUUGCAAAUUGAAAGGUGUAAACAGAUGUAGUAGUAAUUACAAAUCUACAUGUUCCCUGUGUUGUCCUGACAAGGAUAUCAGGAGACAUUGUAAACGUGUUAGAAGAAAGAUUAAACAACGAACACAGAAUGGUAAAAGCAGAAGAAAAUACCAUAAAAAGAGACGUCAUAGACAAUACAAGUUAUUGUAAUAACAAUGCUAUUCAUCUUGAACGUACAGGCCUCAUUGGUAAUCAUACCACAUCUUCUUAUUUGGUAUAUGGCUCGAGAACACAGUUAUUUCGUAGUGCAUUUCUUUUAGACAAUAAAUUCAAAUUAAAAAAAUCGCACCUGCUCUAUCUCAAAAAGAUUUUUACAGUGUAGUGUACUACUAUUGGGACAAAUAGUAUCAAAAUUAUAGAAAAGUCUACUAGCUCUAACUCAAAAUAUUGACAAUUCUAUGUUAAAGGGGUCUAAAAUUCAGUUUGACAGCUUCAGACAUACUAGUUUUUGACCUUUUUUAACUGGACCAAAUCACUACUUAACAUAAAGAUUCAGCACCCAAAUAUUUUUAACAUGUAAUUUCAUCCCCUUACUUAAUAUUUAAUGCAUAAAAUAUAAAGAAAGAAAUUUGGAAAGUGUAUGAAAAAAAUUUGCAAGUUAUACACUGUCCACACGAGGGACUAUAUUUGAAGACAACGAAAUGUGUCCUCGGACCAUAUGUAUUUAUUUAUUUUCCUUAUAUUCAUAUCAUUUCAAACAAAAUAUUCUUGGAUAUUGUUGUUACUUGAGCAUGGUUGAAUAUUCAAAAAGUUUUUAUAUUUAUAUUUCUUUCUAGUUUCAAUCUGUUUUUAAUAUUAGCUCAUGUCAAAAUUUACGCAAAUAUGUAACUAUAUAGCUACUAAGCCACAUUUAUAUCAUGGAUAAUGUCAGGUAAUCUCGGGUAAAAAAAUAUUUCCCGAGAAAAAUGAUAUGGUUACUGUGUAAUCUAUAUGUUUUACCAGUAAUAAACAUUUCCAAGGUUUCUUUCAUAGAAUAUAUUAUAUGUUUUAGUAUUUGUUAUGAUAAGUACGAAAAUAAUUUAAGUGUAUUUCCUCGAUGCUUAAAAAAUAUUAUAUACCAACAAACAAAAAUGUUGAUUAAAAAUUAAAUAUAAACAUAUAGAAAUAAUAGAAAUAUCCAAUCAAGACUACAUUUUCUUUUAUUAUUAAAUCAUUUUAAUAUAAAUUAUGACUUACAGGGAAAAUCAAACUAACUUACAGUUUUCUAAAUCAAUAUCAAAUAGCUGUUCUAAUUUAAAUCAUUUAGAACUGUUCUACCCUCGAAUAUAUUCUGAGAAUUCAAGCCUAGAACAUCUUUGGACAGUGUUACCCUAGAAUUGAUUCAGACAGUUUUACCCAAGAACAGUGGAAGAACAGUUCUAUGCCAUAUAAUUCUGACAGUUCUAAGGAAAGGUUAGAACUAAUCCAAACUGUAACAUAUAAUUCUGACAGUUCUAAGAAAAGGUUAGAACUAAUCCAAACUGUAACAUAUAAUUCUGACAGUUCUAAGGAAAGGUUAGAACUAAUCCAAACUGUAACAUAUAAUUCUGACAGUUCUAAGGAAAGGUUAGAACUAAUCCAAACUGUAACAUAUAAUUCUGACAGUUUUAAUGAAAGGUUAGAACUAAUCCAAACUGAAUCUCGUAUCUUAAUUAUUCUUUAUGCGCUAAGCGGUUUAAUUCAUAUCUAAAUCAUUGUUUGACAUAACAAAUAGUUAAUUAUCUCAGGGAUAUCUUAGAUAUAAUAUAUUUUUGAAGAGUUUAGGGUACAUAUAUCUGUUCACAAAGACUGACCAAUAUUCAAAAGAUGCAUAUAUUAUAUAUACGAAGCAAAUAUAAACAACAUCAAGCGAAUAGAUUAAAAUACCAAAAUGUCUCAAAAAGCGACCCUAGCCGUUUAGGAAAUAUAUCAAGAACUUCAGUAAAACACAGGAAGUAGGGAUCUUAUUAAACUAGAUAAUUGAAUUGUGUCUAAUCGGUAUCUGCCGGAAAAUGUCUCUAACUCAAGGGUUUCUAUACGGUAUUACUUAUCAUUUCAUGUGGUAGGGAACACUUUCAAAUGUCGCUUUAACAAGGGUAAAAAGUCAAGAUUCUUUAAUUCCGGAAAAAAGUUAGAAAUAUAUUUCCCUUUUCUGAUUGCCUGAUUGUAAACAGAACAACAAAAUUUCAUAUUAUACAUUUUAGUCCGCAAAGGCAAUGGCCUGACUUAAGUACAUUUGUAUGUUGUUAAGUUUAAUUCUGAAUGAACUAGCUUGGAAUAAUGCUUUAAAUUAAAGAAAAUGAUUAUUUUUGUCGCUAUUUACGUACAUUUUAUACAGUAAUAGAUAUAUUUCACAAAAUUUCAAUUUAAUUAUAUGUUUGAAAGUACAAUUACAUUUACGGUACCAAUUUUACUACACCAGCUGCUUAUUUUGAAACUAAUGUCUCUUCAGUGAUGCUCGUGGGAAAAAUAUUUAAAAAUCAACAAUAUUUAGAGUUUUAGUUCUGUUUAUUUGUAAACAUCAAUUUUUUUUAUUGUGAUAAUAAAAUGGUUUACUUAUUGGUUGAAA